AUGGCCUCUCCAUUUCCUCAUCUCACUUCGACGGGUCCGCCACCGCCUUCACGCGAAGUGAUGAAUGCAUACCGUACCGCGUUCUCUGCCCGCGUCUCGGAAGGUUCCCUACGUCCACUCGUCAUACCAUAUCAUGUGUACGGUUACGUCCUCCUGAUUAUAUACCUCUGUAUACCGCAUACGAACCGACCUUGGGUAUAUGCUGCACGAUGGCCGGUUUUGGGAGUGAUAGCCUGGUGGCAAUGGAAGACUUUGUGGGAGGCGAGCAGUAUGAGUAUGGCGACUGGUUUCGCAGCCGGGUUGAUGGCUGCCUGGGGUGUGGUUUGGGCGUGUACCUGGUUGGUGUUCAAUAGACCCCAAUUCGAUGUUAAGAGGGUGCAGAGGAGCUCUGCAAAUUUCUUUUCGGACGAAAAGAUAGCAAAACAACGGAAACAGAAUGGCAAUGCAAAAAUCGAGACAAAUGGGCACGCAACCGCGAAUGGCAAAUCACAAGAAAUCUCCAAAGAUGGACAAUUCGUCGCAGAAUACUAUUGGCAAUCAUACCCAGACACUCUCAAAGACCGCCUCCCAUGGGUCAUUGACCUUGUUAUCAACUUCCGCGGUCCGGGAUGGAACUGGGCCAUCCCACCACUCCCCUCUCCACCACCAUCGAUCAUGACCCAGCUCUCCGAACCUAUCUCCGCGUCUUCCCGGAGCGGAAAAUCCACAAUAGGUCUCCGCCGCUACGACACCUUCUCCGCUCUUGCCCGAGCUCGACUUCCCACCUUUGUGGUAGGAUAUUUCCUCUUAGACGUCCUGAAGGUCCUCAUGAUGCAAGAUCCAUACUUCAUCUUCGGACCCACAACCCACCACCUACCUUCCUAUCUACAAGGUCUCUCCCCUCUUGCCCUCCGCUUCAUCCGUCAAGCCCUUAGCUCUUUCUCCAUAAUACUUUCCCUAGAAAUGGUAUUCCUCCUCGCGCCCCUAAUCUUCUCCCUCACCCUCGGCCCCUCUCUCCUCGGUCUCCGCGCAGAACCCUGGUACUACCCCACAUCCUGGGGCUCCUUCUCCAACAUAACCACGAAGGGACUCAAUGGGCUCUGGGGCAGCUGGUGGCACCAAACAUUCCGCUUUGCGUUCUCUGCGCCUUCUAACUUUUUGAUCGCUGAAGGGUACGUGAAAGCCAAGUCGGCUGCAGCGAGGAUCUCCGCUUUAGUGUUCGCGUUUGGGAUUUCGGGGUUCCUUCAUGCUGGGGGAUCGAUCUCGCAGUUUCCGAGGACGUUUCAUUGGCAUGCUCCUAUGUUUUUUAUGUUGCAGGCUGUGGGAAUUCUUGUUCAGAGUACCCUCUGUGCGUUAUUGCAUCCCAUUAUCAGGACCCUGCCUCGGACGGUUAGACAAAUGGGGAAUUUUUUCUAUGUGUUUGGAUGGCUGUUUUGGACGGGGUGGUGGUUGACGGAUGAUUUUGCGAGGGGAGGAAUUUGGCUUUAUGAGCCUAUUCCUAUCUCUCCGUUAAGAAGAUUAGGGUUUGGAGAGAAGGAUGCGGGGUGGUGGUGUUGGGAACAUCUUGGAGUGGGAUGGUAUAACGGGAAGAGGUGGUGGGAGAGUGGGAUUGCUGUAUGAUGUGAUGAUUAUGAAUUAUAUAUCAAUCGGCGUUUGGAUGCAUAACGGUCGGACAGAUGUUCGCAUUUUGGCUAGCAUGGAGUCUUAGACAAGCAUUAUAUUGCAUCGGGGGCGUUUAGUAGAUAUCGUCCCAGGACACUCUUGAAUAUACGACUUUGAGAUCAGAAGAUACAAGCACGUUCUUCGAUCAUGCUUCCUCUCUAAACCAUCGUCCACUUUAAACAAACGAGACUUUUCCAGCUCCCGACAUUCUUACCUCAAAGACUUUUCGAUCUAGAAUGACUGUCAAUACAUGAGUACUUUCACU